AAAAGCUGCGCCCUUUUGAGGGCAUCCCACCAGUACGGCCAGAAUGGCAUCUUCCUUCGCUUGGCUUGCCCUCAUCCUGGGCCUCGGAGUCACUGGCGCCUUGGAUUAUAAUAUCCAAGCUAAUAGCAGCAAACUUCUGAGGGUUCUCAAUGCUUCGGCUCCGGUUCAAGAGCUAAAAUACCACAUCGAUGUCUGGCGAAAUGAGGAAGCUUUGGUCGCCGUGGAAGCCACCCUGGAGUCUGUCAUUCGCUCGGAAAUCGGAGGAAAUUGGGAGCGGGGCUGGCUCGUCCUUCAACUGGCAAAUCAAGCCAGGACCCCGGAGCUAAAGGAGGCCAUAUACAGUGCUCUCUGGAAGGAGCUGCAGCAGACCACGCAGAUCUACGAUCCAGCCAAGAUCCUGGAGUUUCAUGAGCAGCUGUCUCUGCAUACGGAUGUGCCACAGGAACUUUUGGAACUGAUCUAUCGUGCCUUUAUCAACCGCAGUGCCCAGUUGUUGGAGGCUCCGUUCCACACACGCAGUCGAGUGGCCACAUUUCCAUUGGUAGACUCACUAGUGCAUCGCCUAACAUUCAGCACUUUGGAUUAUCUGAGGGACAUCCUGGAAGCUCUCUACGAUGCCGUUUUGGCCCUGGAAACGCCAUUGAGCGUGGUGGAGCGGCUGGGCAACUUUUCGGCCAGUUUGAUUCAGUUGGCGGAGGCUAAUCUUCAAUUACUUGGCAGGGAGGAGCUGAAACGUGCAGAUACGCAGGUGCAGCUGGCUGUGCAGAGCAACCUCAGAAACUUACUGGCACAUCCUGAUUUCGAGCUGCAAGUGCCGUACUCUCUGCAAUCAGAAAUCUAUGAACACCUUCCCCGGGACGAGCAAAUCAUGUACACCGCUCGUAAGGUUUGCAUCCGCAAUGUGACUGAUGCAAAUUCGUAUAUUUACGAAUGCCCGCAGACGUAUUUGAUCUGCAGCAACGCCAGAGAUCCUAAGAAGGCUGCCUAUUUCGUUCAACGUGGGCACAGCAACGACAGCCGCCAGCAGUUUGCUUUCUUCAGCGCUUUUUGGCGGAAUCGCUACAUCCUCAUGGAACCGUUCACAGCAACUGCGAGCAAUGCCAGCCACUCCUCCAUUACCAAAAACGUGUACAGCCGAACUGACAUAAACUGGUGGCGAGUGGUGUACGGAAACGGCGGAAUUUCCUUGUACGAUGCUGCCACUGAGAAAUCCGUUCUGUGUGGCGGAGAUCCCUCGUACUGGGAUGGCGAGGAACACCAUGUUUAUACCCGCCAUGCAUCCGAGUUUUCUGCUCAUCAGACGGAGUGCACCUGGAGCCUGGAAGACUGCAGCGAUGCCGCCUAGCUGAAAGAGGAAGGGAAAGCGGUGCAGCCUUUAUAACAUCCAUAAAUAUUAGCUAUGUUUAUUUUGACUAAUAAGGCACAUGAGAAAAUCA